AUGGCGGACUCUUCACAGCAGCUCCUCGAUGUGUCUCGCAAGAACGAAGAAGCCGUAUCGCCCGCAGCAGCAUCGACCAACGCCAGUUCUCCCCUACCAUCUGGAUACAAGCCACCGACUGUCGAGGAAGAGCAACCCAGCAACGAAGCAACAGUCGCACCAUCUACCGCGGCCGCCCCUGAGGCACAAGCAGCUGGAGAUUUGCCUAUUGCCGGGGCUAUAGAAGACAAAGCAGAUCGAGUGGCAAAGAUCAUGGCUAUCGAGGACAAUGACGAGAUAUUCAAGGCCACGGAAGCGAUGAUGCCCAAUCACGACGUUUUCAUGGCAUGGGAUGCGCAGUUCGCGGGGAUGAAAUAUCGAAAGACAGCCAAACGCGCCAAGUAUGCAGACAUGUACAAAGCACUUCAAGAAUCGAAGCUGGAGCAUAUUGAUGAGGACAAGAAUGCAUACCGGGACUUGCGUUGGCAAGCGCAACAGCGAGCAAGAGCACAGGGAAUCGAGAGCAAUGCUAGAUACAGUCGCGCGAAGUUGUGCACCCCGGAAGAGCAUCGACUUCUGGACAUCUAUGGACAGCGAGAUGUGUACGUUCAGGAGAGACGGUUUGCUGGGGCAGGAAGAUGCGGCGGAACAAACACUGAUUUGUAG